GGGCGGGGCCCGAAGAGGCAGCUCCGCCCAAUGGGAGCCGGCUCGCGCAGCCUCCCAGCCAAUCGGCGUCGUCGGAAGUCGUGAGGGGGCAGCCACCUCACCAGCACCGCCUCUGCGGGCGCCGGUUCGUUCCGCUCAGUCCAUCCGGCAAGUGGGCGAUGAUGGCGGCGCCGGGAGGGAAGCGGUGCGUGCGGCUGUCCCCGUCGUCGGAGGCGGCGCGCUCGGCGUUGCGCGGGGCGGAGGCGGUGCUGUUCGACUGCGACGGGGUCCUGUGGCGGGGCGAGGCGGCGGUGCCCGGGGCGGCGGAGUCACUGGGCCGGCUGGCGGCGGCCGGGAAGCGGCUGUGCUACGUGACCAACAACUCGUCGCGCACGCGGCAGGCCUACGCAGAAAAGCUGCAGCGCCUGGGCUUCCCGCCGGCCGAGCCGCGGCAGGUCUUCGGCUCCGCCUACUGCGCCGCGCGCUACCUGCGCCGCGCCCUGCCGCCGGGCGCCGCCGCCUACGUGCUGGGCGGGGCUGCGCUGAGCGCCGAGCUGGAGGCGGCGGGCGUGGCCCACCUGGGCGCCGGCCCCGCCCCCGAGCCGGGCUCCGCCCUUUUCGGCGCGCGCGCCCCGCUCGACCCCGCCGUGCGCGCUGUCCUGGUUGGCUACGACGAGCACUUCAGCUACGGCAAGCUCUGCCUGGCCCUGCGCUACCUCCUGCGCGGCGACGGGUGCCUCCUCGUCGGCACCAACCGGGACAACCGGCUGCCUCUCGAGGGCGGCAGCGCCGUGCCCGGAACCGGCUGUCUUGUCAAAGCAGUGGAGACGGCAGCCGAGCGUGAAGCUUUCAUCAUUGGCAAGCCCAGCCGCUACAUCUUUGAGUGUGUGGCCAGCGAGUUCAGCAUCGACCCUGCUCGCACCAUCAUGGUCGGCGACCGCCUUGACACAGACAUCCUCAUGGGCAACAACUGCGGCUUGACAACUCUGCUGACCCUCACAGGGGUCUCCACCUUAGAAGAAGUCAAAGGUCACUUAGAGAGCAACUGUCCUGAGCGGAGAAACCUAGUCCCCGAUUACUAUGUUGAUAGCAUAGCCGACCUUCUCCCUGUCCUCCAGGAUUAAAAAAGGGAAAGUUUUCAGCUUUUAAGAGGUAUUUCUCCCCCCCCCCCAGUGGCUCGAGGCUGGUAGUAUCACCUCAGUUACUGCAAUGCACACAAUUGCUGCUUGCAACUUAAGAUGCUUUUAGUGCGUAACUUUUAAUUUAAGUUCUCUGUUUACAAAUUCCUUUAAAAAUGCACUUUGGAACAAAGAGGGAAGUGUGUUGCGUCGAUCAGCUUUCAGAUGUCGUAAAGCAUCAAGUAUGUCUUAAAGUGUCCGCAGUGUUAACAGCAUCAGGGUAGAGUCUUGCUCAACUGGGUCUUGCUCAACUGGAUUGGAGGGGAUCAGGCAGGCUUCUCUUAAAACCUUGUACUGUGGUCUUUUGUGGAAACUAUAUCCCUGCCUUUGGGAAAUUCAGGGAAUCAAGUAGUAUGAGGGCACUUGCUCUUUUCUGACCUGUAGAACUUGACUUUAAGUUUGGUUUUGAUGCUUACUCAGGUCCCAGUUUUAGAUAGCCUGCUUUGUAUGUGAUUUCAGGAAAAAGAAAAUUGCUUGUAAGUCCAGAAGUGUUGUUACCCUUUCCAACACAGCCAUUUGCACUUGCUUCAAUAUGCAAAACAUGCACAAUUCUGUUGUGUUUCAUGUGUUCCUCCAAGAUAAUAGAUGUGUGUGUCUAUAUAUAGUGAUGUGAAGAACUUCAGAUAUCUAUUUUUAAAGUGAAUUAUAAUAUAUUGAAAAUAGAUUUUAUUGGUCAGGAGGACUAUCUCUCAGUUGUUUUUUUAAAAAAAUGCUUGUGUUCUUCAGUACAUACCACAGCAAUACCUGAACAAACUACAAGACGAAACACCAUUUUAAAAAAGGAGGGUAGUUUGAUAAUUCCCAAAUUGUAACAGUGCUUGAGUUACUUGCCACAGUCACUUGCAGGUCUUGCUACAGGUGGUCGGUGCUAACGAUUCAAGAGUGAGCUCCCUAAUGUAAAUUGUAUCUUCUGUGGUAUUUCUCUGGCAUGAAUAGGUGCCAUUUUGCUCUCAAGCCAUUUUGGAGUCAAUACUGAUGAAGCAACUACAGUAACUUGCCCUGUGUCUUCCUAUUCACAUUUUACUUGUGGGUUGUUGGGAGGACCCAAGAAAAGUCCUUUGCAAUCUGCCUUGGCACCACAUGUCCACUGAAAAUGGGAGUUCAAGCCAUUUUGCUUUGCUGUUUUGUAGGAGACAUGAUGAGCUGCCCUUGUUAGGUGCCCAGGUACUUUUGUUAUCAUGACACUAAAUGCCAAAUUUUGUAAUAUCAGCUCAAGAAAUUGAUAUGCAAAUAUAAGGAUUAAAAUAACUCUCACUCUGGGCGACCAAGAGAAAACAUUUGCUUUCACCUUUCAAAUGUAGCCCAAAUAUCUCUGACCUUGUGUGCUGAUGAUGCUUCCUGUAUUGCAGACACUUGAAACUUGUAUGAACUUGCCACUUUUUGAUGCAGCAAUAAGUGUGUUGUCUACAAUGAAAUAUAUUUUUGCAUUUAUAAAUUAGGGUCAGCAUUCACACUUCUUUGGAAGUGCUAAAAAGGUGCACACUUAUAUAUCUCUUCCCCAACCCCCAGGUUGUAAUCUGUUUCCCAAUAGAAAACUUCCACCCCUUAGGCUUGCUAUGCUGUCAUUUGUAAGCCUAAAGGUUGUUCACCAUCUUUGACGAUAAUGCAAACUGUUUAUUUCUGUUUGGACUGACUUGAAAAUAACAUGAUGUUGUCCUUUUUCUGGGACUUGCAUUUAUGCAAAUCUGGGGAGAUUCAGGAAUGUGUCCCGUAUAUGAUCACUGUUUAGAACCUGUCAACAGCUGCUGAGACCUACUAGCCACACAGUAGAACCUGUCACCUCUCUUCACUGUUUCUUCCCUUGUUGUGAAACUGCUGGUGAAAGACCAAGCAGUCUCUGUAAAAACCACCUGGGGAACGUCCGUCCUGUUCUUGAGUCACAUUAAACAAUAAGUCUCUCUUC